GGCGCGGCAACGACAGCGCGCGGUGGCGGCGGGGCCACGUGUACGGGGCGCGGCGGUGGCGGAGGAGCAGCCAUGGAGAACGCCGGCCUCUUCCCCCCGCUCCUCGCCACCUGCCUCCCCGCACAGCCCGCUCCCACCCCGGCACCGCCGUCGGCCCGGCCGGCCGAGCCCACCCGCAUCAUCACAGACCCGCUCUCCGGCCGCUCCUACUGCAAGGGCCGCCUGCUGGGAAAGGGCGGCUUUGCACGAUGCUAUGAGAUGACGGACCUCUCCAGCAACAAAACCUAUGCCGUGAAGGUCAUCCCUCACAGCCGGGUGGCUAAACCCCACCAACGGGAGAAGAUCACCAAUGAGAUUGAGCUGCACCGUGACCUGCACCACAAGCACAUCGUCAAGUUCUCCCACUAUUUUGAGGAUGCGGAGAGCAUCUACAUCUUCUUGGAGCACUGCAGUCGGAAGUCACUGGCCCACAUCUGGAAGGCCCGCCACACUCUGCUGGAGCCUGAAGUGCGCUAUUACCUCAAACAAAUCAUCUCAGGCCUCAAAUAUCUCCACCUCAAGGGCAUACUGCACCGGGACCUCAAGUUGGGCAACUUCUUCAUCAAUGAGAACAUGGAGCUGAAAGUGGGGGACUUUGGUCUGGCUGCGUACCAGGAUGCCUCUGACCAAAAGAAGAAGACAAUAUGUGGGACCCCCAACUACCUGGCCCCUGAGGUGCUGUUGCGGCAAGGGCACGGCCCCGAGUCGGAUGUAUGGUCGCUGGGCUGUGUCAUGUACACCUUGCUGUGUGGGAACCCUCCCUUUGAGACCCUGGACCUGAAGGAGACCUAUAGGUACAUCAAGCAAGUGGACUAUAUCCUGCCCACCUUCCUCUCGCUGCCUGCCAGGCACCUCAUUGCUGGCAUCCUCAAGCGCAAUCCCCAGGACCGCCUCACACUUGAUGAGAUUCUGGACCAUGAGUUCUUCAAGGGUUACACACCCGAGAAGCUCCCUCCCAGCAGCUGCGUGAUGGCUCCAGAGCUGUGUGCCCCCAACCCAGCCAAGAGUCUGUUUGCUAAAGUCACCAAGACGCUCUUUAGGAAGAAGAAACCAAAGGCCAAGAAAGGCUCUCUGGAAGACAAGGAUGAUAUCUCCAAGCUGGUCACUGGGCUGGUGAAGACAUCCAUCUGCCGGCAGAUGAGCUGCAAGGCAGUGGAGGGGAAUGAGGCCACUCCUGUGUCCUGCCGUAGUGCUGGCUCCAGCCCUGUGGAGACACUGGUGGAAGAGACGUCCCACAAGUCCACAUCCCCCUCUGUCCGUGGGACCAUGGCCAGCAGCUGUGAGGCCUUUGAAGACUGCAUCACCACCUCUGCCAUCAUUGAGUCUGCUGUGCAGCUCUUGCGCACCUGCCUCUCCUGCAUGCCUCCAGCGGAGAGAAACCCGGCUUCCCUGGCCCGACAUGAACAGUUUGUCUGGGUGAGCAAGUGGGUGGACUACUCCAACAAGUAUGGCUUUGGCUACCAGCUCUCCAACCACAGCAUUGGGGUCCUCUUCAACAAUGGCACACACAUGAUGCUGUCCCCCAACCACAAGACAGUGCAUUACAACCCAACCAACAGCAAGCACUUUGCAUUCCCUGUGUCCGCUGUCCCUGAGCAGCUGCGUGGACAGAUGAGUGUCUUGCGCUAUUUUGCAUCCUAUAUGGAGCAGCAUCUCAUGAAGAUGUUUCUCUCGAAGGGAGGUGACUUGCCUAGCAUAGAUGACCUUGGACAGCCAGCCCUGCUCCUCCUGCAGUGGGUGAAGACUGACCAGGCCUUACUCAUGCUUUUUAGCAAUGGCACCCUACAGGUGAACUUCUACAAUGACCACACCAAGGUGAUCAUCAGCAAGCCUGACCAUUCAUGCCUUGUCACCUACAUCAACCGGGAGCGUAACUCCUACACCUACAAGCUGUGCAGCAUCCAAGAGCUGGGCUGUUCACCUGAGCUCCAGCACUGCCUCCGAUACAUCCUCAAGCUCCUCCAGGAGUGGGCUGAUGCCUAGCAUGGGGCUUUGGAGACCUUCUCAGGACGUAGAGGGUCUCCUCUUGCCCUCCCAUGGGAUGGGAGGUGUUGUGGUGCUCAGCUGGACUCUGAUCUAAGACAUGUGGAUGUGGUCCUGGCAGUGGGUCUGGACAUCUAUGCUGCUCCCUGGCUGUAGGCAAUCACUGUCUUUCCUUCUGCAUGGCCAUGAGCUCAAGGCUUGGUGCUGCAGGGUAGAGAGGAUGUCCUCCAAGGCGAUGUAGGGCAAUGCCUGCUUUGCCAGGGCUGCAUGGAUUGACUUGUGCCAUUCCACAACCCCUACACUAGGGAGGGGGCUGAGCUGGGCUCCGGCUGCCCCCCAGUUCUGAAUUGUCUGGUACAACUUGAGGUUUGGUAGAGAGCAGGGGAAGGGAUCUGUGGGCUUGCCUCAAGAAGCCCUUGUAUAGCUGUAAGCUAAGGACAGGUUUCCUGUUUCAAGGCAGUCUCUGCCAGGUGGGAUUAUUUAUGCGUCUUAUUUAUAUGGAAUUUAUUUAUUUUCUUCUUGAUCUGUCCAUGUGCAGCUCCCCUGUCCCUGACUUACCUCAUUAAAACCUUAUUUGUGUAAAGGCAA